UGUACUACGACAUGACAAGUGUUUGAAAAAUUCAUUAAAAACACAACAGUAUUUAUAAAUAUUUUAAAUUUAAUAUGUUUUUGUAUAAUAAAUGUAUUUAAAAAGAGUGUUGUUAACAUUAGUUUGUGUAGCUGUACUAUUUUUAAUAUAUUAUACAUUAUUUACUGAAAGCUAUGUAUCCAACCAAUUACUACUAUCACCCACACAGAAUAUUAAUCCUUCGAAAUACAAAUUAUUUUCCAACGUAACAACCACAACAACAGCAACAAUAUCAACGAAAUAUACUGAAGAUUAUAUAUAUGUAUGGUGUAUUUUUUCAAAAGUUUAUAAAAAUGCACCGCUUAAAGGAAAAUUUCAUGUAUUUUUACAAAGUUUAUUAUCUCAUAGUACAACACCUGUAUAUUUAAAUGUUUUAAGUGAUAGUAAAAGUAAAUUAAUUGCACAAAGUAUAAUUAAAAAUAUUGUUAUUGAACUAGGAGUUAUACAUUUUAAAUAUAAGUUUUAUGAUAUAAAUAAGGCUGCAUCACAAAUUCGAGACAUAGUUAAAGCAAUGAUGCCACACUUCAGUUCACAACCUGGAACUUAUUAUAGUGAUGCAUUGUUUUAUAUAUCAUUAGGGUUGCAUCGAAUCGCACCUUUAUAUCAACGUAAGGCAAUUAUGGUCGACUGUGAUAUUAAAUUUGUGUCUGAUGUACAAGAAUUAUACGAUCAGUUUUUAACUUUUCCUCCAAAAGCUUUGUUUGGACUUGCACCUGAAUUGACGCCCGUAUAUCGUCACGUAUUAUAUAACUAUCGUUUACAUAAUAAAAAUUCAACAUUCGGUGAUUAUUUAUUAACAUUACCACUUGCUGGGGGUAAUGAAACAGUUACCAAAGGAUUUCCUGGAUACAAUUCAGGCGUUGUAUUAUUUCACUUAGAUCGAAUACGUGAAAUGAAUAAAGAUUAUACAAAAUUAAUAUCAUCAGACAAUGUAAAUUAUUUAACUACUAAAUAUUAUUUUAAGGGUCAUUUAGGAGAUCAAGAUUUUUAUACAUUAUUAGGAUUUGAAUAUCCUGAUUUGAUACAUCGUUUACCGUGUGUGUUUAAUAGACAAUUGUGCACAUGGUGGCGUGAUCAUGGCUAUUCUGAUGUAUUUGAUUUAUAUUUUAAAUGUAAUGGAGAUGUAAAAAUCUAUCAUGGGAAUUGCAAUACACCGAUACCAAAAACAUUUUACUAUUAUACGAUUGAUGAUAAUGUGUGACAAGAUUUUUUUUAAACACGAAUAAACCGAUCUAAUGAAAUCACUUAAACCUGAAUAAACACCUUGUAACUACGAAUAAACACCUGUACGCGACAUAAAUGCGAUAUAAUCGUGUUAAAUAAAUAAAGUACCCCGCACGUUCCAUAUUUUUUCCGAUGGAAUUUCGAAAAACGUUUGCAAAAUCAUUCUCAUGUAUAAAUCCUUUGCUUCACUUGUCGUUCCAUUUUGCUUUUAUGAGCUCUUCCUAAAAUUACUCGUUCUUAUGGGCAGAAAGAGGCGAAAAAUCUGCAUAAGUGAGGGUACUUGAAAAUAGUUUUCACAUCAUAAUUUGGUUGCUAACUCAUAAAAUAUUUGACUGUAUUCAGAGUAUUCGUAUUCAGAGGGUUCUCAAAUCAGCAGAAAAUAGUUAUAUUUAUUGUUAAAAAUUUGCAUUAUCACACA